AUGGAGACAAUUUUUCUCCUCUAUUUCACCAUCUUUCUCUCUGUCCACACCUCGCUUACUGUUACUGCUGCUCCUCCAAAUGACACAAAUGCUCUUACUCUCUUCCGCCGCCAAACUGACACUCACGGCAACCUCCUCUCCAACUGGACGGGCAAGGAUGCCUGUGGUUUCCCCACCAGGUGGCUUGGCGUUGGAUGCUCCGCCUCCGGCCGUGUGGUUUCCCUUUCUUUGCCUUUUCUUUCACUCCGUGGACCCAUCACUUCACUUUCUCUCCUUGAUCAGCUUCGCCUCCUGGACCUCCAUAAUAACCGCCUAAAUGGCACCAUUUCCCCACUCACAAACUGCACUCAUCUCAAGCUUCUCUACCUUGCUGGCAAUGACUUUUCAGGUGAAAUCCCACCCGAAAUCUCCUCUCUCAAGCGUCUCCUUCGUCUUGAUUUGUCCGACAACAACAUACAUGGCAAGAUCCCCGGACAGUUGACCAAUUUGACCAGGCUGUUAACACUCCGCUUACAAAACAAUGAACUGUCCGGCCACAUUCCUGAUUUUUCUACAUCUUUUCCAGAUUUAAAAGAAUUGAAUUUGUCGAAUAAUGAGCUUUACGGACGGUUACCGGAUAACCUAUUGAAGAAAUACACUGACCGAAGCUUUUCAGGCAAUGAAGGUCUUUGCGGGUCCAGCCCACUGCCAGUGUGUUCCUCCACAGACAACAAUGAUAAUCCAGUCACUUCAGAUCAAACAGUACCCUCUAAUCCUAGCUCCAUGCCUCAAACCCCACUCCUCGGCAAAGAUAAAUCUCACUUGCAUAAAGGGUUAAGCCCUGGUGCUAUCGUAGCAAUUGUGUUAGCAAAUUGUGUAGCAUUAUUGGUGGUGAUUUCAUUUUUAGUUGCGUAUUACUGCGGUAGAGAUAGAAGUAGUGGUGCAAGUUCGAAAGCGGGUAGUGAGAGUGGAAAGAGGAGGAAGAGUGGGAGUAGUUAUGGGAGUGAAAAGAGAGUGUUUGCAAAUGGAGGUGGAGAUAGUGAUGGGACUAAUGCUACAGACAGGAGUAAGCUUGUGUUCUUUGACAGGAAGAACCAGUUUGAGCUUGAGGAACUAUUGCGUGCGUCGGCAGAGAUGCUUGGGAAGGGGAGUUUGGGGACUGUUUAUAAGGCGGUGCUCGAUGAUGGGUCUACAGUGGCUGUCAAAAGGUUGAAGGAUGCAAACCCUUGUGCAAGGACGGAGUUUGAACAGUAUAUGGAUGUGAUUGGGAAGCUUAAGCAUCCAAAUAUUGUGAGACUUGCAGCUUACUAUUAUGCUAAGGAAGAGAAGCUUCUCGUUUAUGAUUAUCUUCCUAAUGGGAGCCUGCAUUCACUUCUUCAUGGGAAUCGAGGUCCAGGGAGGAUUCCUUUGGAUUGGACAACAAGGAUCAGCUUGGUGCUGGGAGCGGCUAGAGGAUUAGCUAAAAUCCAUGAAGAGUAUAGUGCAUCAAAAAUCCCCCAUGGCAACGUGAAAUCUUCUAAUGUGCUCCUAGACAAGAAUGGUGUUGCUUGCAUUUCUGAUUUUGGGUUGUCCCUGCUUUUGAACCCAGUUCAUGCCAUAGCAAGACUGGGAGGAUACAGGGCUCCAGAGCAAGCAGAAAUCAAGAGGCUCUCUCAAAAGGCCGAUGUGUAUAGUUUUGGGGUCUUGUUGCUGGAAGUUCUUACAGGCAGAUCUCCUUCACAGUACCCCUCACCAACACGCCCACGCAUUGAGGACGAGGAACAGGCAGUAGAUCUUCCUAAAUGGGUCAGAUCAGUUGUCAAGGAAGAGUGGACAUCAGAAGUAUUUGAUCAAGAACUUCUGAGGUAUAAGAACAUCGAAGAAGAACUUGUAUCAAUGCUUCAUGUGGGAUUGGCUUGUGUGGCUCCACAACCUGAAAAGAGGCCUACAAUGGUGGAAGUGGUUAAGAUGGUUGAAGACAUUAGGGUGGAGCAGUCUCCUUUGGGGGAGGACUAUGACGAAUCUCGCAAUUCGCUUUCACCUUCCCUCGCAACCACUGAAGAUGGGCUGGCAGGAUAUUGA